CACUAAGCAUGUUUUUAUUAGAUUUUCUCUCUUUUCUGCAGAUAUUUGCUAAAUUCUUGGUGGAAAAUAAUAAAAACGUUGAAAAAAAAAGAAUCCACAUUUCAUCCACGGUUCCACGUCACGACAGAGAAACUUUCUGAAAUCAGGCCUCAGAGCCCGCCAGUCAAAUUUGAAUUCUUCAAACCACAACGCUUAAGACACACAACAGAAAAACACAGCGAGGUAAAACAGGGCGACGGUGAGAAGAGAGGAUGGGGGAGGGCGGAAGAAACAGAGAGAAAGGAAGAGAGACGGUUUUAGAGCUUCAGGUCUAAAAGUGGAGGACUGAGAAACGCCGCAGAGGAAGGAGCUUAAAAGAAAAAGGAACAAAAUAACUUGAAUAAAAGGGAAACUGCUGCUGCUUCGCUGAUGAUCACAGCUUCUUGUUGUAAAAAGAAAAAACAAUCAAGUGUUGGAGACGGUUUGAAUCAAGAUGAUGAAGCUGCUGUUUCAGCUCUGCUUCCUGGCUCUAGCAACUUCUGCUGUUUCAGAAGAAAUACCUCCGACGACGAUACCUCCUGCAACUCCAGCUCCAGAAACUUCCACUCCCUCACAACUAAAUGACACGAAAACGACCAUGGAUGUUCUGAAAAAUGCCACAGAUAAUUUUAAUGCUUCGACACCUAAGAUGGACGUUAACAGAACCACAGAGGAGACGAAGAACGCAUCAAUGCCAACUCCAUCACCCACAAUGCAUCAGAGGCCAACCUCACCUUCAGUAACCACGCAGAAAGUAGAAACCGGCGAAGGGUCAACCUCUGCAGCGACUACGGCGUCCGCAGCAGUGGCUGCAGGCGGUUCAUCUUGGGCUUACAUCCUGCUGGUGUUGAUCAUCAUCGUCAUCAUCGUUCUGUGUGUCAUCCUCUACAUGCUCCGCAGGGCAUCCAGGACAUACUCGUUUGACCUCCAGCGCCCUCCGGCCUCCAGCAGUGCGUACGAACCAACUGGCACCUUCGGUCAGGUCUACCUGGACGACCUCGACCAACCGGCUAACAAAGAUGUGAUCUCUGAUGAUCUCUCCACCACACCGGUACCCAACGGCACCGGCCCAAAACCAGAGGAGAACACAGAUGGGGAAGAGAACGCUCUUCAGGAUCCUCCAGAAGCAAACGACCCGCAGCGAUCUUCGUCCCCCUCCUCUUCCUCCUCCAGCAGCAGCUCGUUAUCAGGAGGCGACCAGGCAGAGAAGAAAUCCAACCAGAUGAGCAGCAACAACUUGUUCUUCGAUGCAGUCGAGGAGACGCAGCCGCAGCAACAGAACGGAAACAACAACAAUCCAUCGGUUUGCUCCAGCAACCCAUUUGUGGAAAUAAACCUGGAUGAUCCGGCCUGGUCCGAUCAGCUCCUAUCUCCUCCGCCGACCUCCUCGGUCCUCCCCUUCUCUUCUUUCUCCUUCUCCUCUUCCUCCUCUUCUUCAUAGCACCCAAACAUUCACACAGAAGCAGAGACUGAAUGUCCUCCCCACCAGAAUCAGCAGAAGGUCUUUAAAGAUUUCUCUCUUUUUUUCGUCAAAAUGCCUCCCUGCUUACUUGAAACGUCAACAAGCUAAACACGAAGCUAACCCAAAGUUAGCCUGAACUAUUUUGAUGAUGAAAUGCUAUUUUUUUUCUCAAGUGGUUUAAUUAAUUUUUUUUAUAAUCUAUAAAAAAAAAUCCAGAAAAACUGCAACUUGCAACAUUUGAUGCUGUCAAAUCAAACUGUUUUAGUUUAGCGUUUAUAAGUUAUGAGUUUUAUAGCUUUCUGUUUACACAUUAUCGGUUCUCAAACUAAAUAAACUGUAAAGACUAGAAGCUAAUGUCUCCUAAUUACCCUCAACGUGUACAAUUUUGUAAAAACUUCUUAUAAAAUCUUUAUUUUGUGCCUCACAUGAUAACAGAAACUCAACAGCUUUGAAUUUCUAAUUCUGAAGAAUUGUUUUUGGUUUAACUAUUAUGAAUUAUUUCUUUACUGUACAGAAGUAAAAAUAUGCAGGAACUGCUUUAAUUAAUGCUCUGAUUCAAACUGAUAAGCAGCUGUGGAACGUUUUUAUUUACUAACAUGACCUGAACUUUAACCUGUAUGAAUCAAACUUCCUGUCAGUGAAGCACAUUUUGUGUUGGUUUUAAAAUAAAAACAUUUUGUGUUGGUUU